UACACAACCUUGGAAUUCAUCUCGGACUUCCGAUAUAGGCGAGAAAGCCACCAAAGCCCAUCCCACAUUGCUCAAUUCAACUGCUUAGCAAUGUCUCUCACCAACGCUUCCCCAUCGGAUGCCGCCAAGGCAGCCAAAGAAGCAUCACACGUUCUAGCGACACUAUCUGAGCCCGAUAGAAAUGAUGCUUUAACAGCUAUUCACGCUGGCCUGACUGCUGCGAAAGAUGAAAUCCUUGCGGCCAAUGCACGCGACCUUGAAAUCGCCCGUGUGGCUGCGGAAAGCGGGCAAUUGAGUCAGAGCCUUGUGUCCAGAUUGGAUCUUGGGAAGAAAGGAAAAUGGGAAGAUAUGCUAAAAGGCAUAUUGGACGUUCGAGAUCUUGAAGACCCUGUCGGCAAGGUCACAUUAAGGAUAAAACUUGACGAUGGACUGGAAUUGACAAGGGUGACAUGUCCAAUUGGUGUUCUUUUGAUCAUUUUCGAGGCACGCCCCGAAGUUAUCGCCAAUAUCGCCUCUCUCGCAGUAAAAUCAGGCAAUUCCGCUAUCUUAAAAGGUGGUAAAGAGUCAACUGAGUCCUUUGUGUCUAUCUCCAAAGUCAUCUCUGCAGCUCUCGACAAGACAAAAGUCCCCAAUGGUGCCAUUCAACUUGUCACUACAAGAGAUGUGAUACCUCAGCUACUAGAUCUGGACCAGUACAUUGAUCUUGUCAUUCCCAGGGGUUCCAAUGAACUCGUCCGAUAUAUCAAAUCAUCUACCAAAAUCCCCGUUCUCGGCCACGCGGAUGGCUUGUGUUCGAUUUUCCUGGAACAAUCGGCCGACCCAAAGGUAGCGGUAGAUGUAAUCGUGGACUCCAAAACCAGUUAUCCUGCCGCGUGCAACAGUCUGGAAACAUUAUUAGUCCAGGAAUCUGCUCUGGAAACAAUAUUUCCCCAAGUAGCCGAAGCUUUGAUUGCGAAGGGGGUUGUCUUACGAUGCGAUGCCAAGGCCAAGACAGCGCUUGCUAGCAAAUUAUCUUCCGAUUUCUCUGCCAAACUCGAAGACGCACAAGACGCAGACUUCGACACCGAAUUCCUAAGCCUUACACUCGCAAUAAAAGCCGUUUCCGAUAUGUAUGAAGCAAUUGCUCACAUCAAUACUCACGGCUCUAAACACACAGAUGCCAUUUUGACGAGUUCGUCCGAACUUGCCGAGCAAUUUAUGUCCAGUGUAGAUGCAGCAGGCGUAUAUUGGAAUGCUUCUACCCGAUUCGCCGAUGGUAUGAGGUACGGUUUCGGUACAGAAGUCGGCAUCAGCACUAAUAAAAUCCACUCUCGGGGUCCUGUGGGCUUGGAAGGUCUAAUGAUCUACAAGUACAAAAUCCGAGGUCAAGGUCAUGUAACGGCCGUUUACGGCGAAGGAGAUGGAAAGAAAAGGUUUAAGCAUGAACGACUUCCCUUGUAAAAGGCCAUAUUUGUCCAGCGAUAUGAUAUUAUGAUAGGCGCAUGAAAAGUUAAGAGGAAAAAGUCGGGUUUAGCUAUAUGAAAAAGAGUUCUCGGGAAAAGCCUGAAAUUACCGCAUUACCAAAUCC